GUCAUUUUAUUUGUUGUAAGUCAAUAGUGAAGUCUCCCCUGAGAUAACACUUUUUGUUACAAACUCGGCUUCGAAAACCAAAACCCAUCCCGAAGCUUUUUCUCCGGUGGGAGCAGCGGCCACCAUUCUACGCCAAAGGCUCUGAUACCCAUCUCUAUGAAUUACUAAAGAAUCCCUCACUCACCUUAUAGAGAGGGCUUUGGUUGGGAUCAUGUUAUGCUCAUUGGUGAACUUGUCUAUUAUCUAACGAUUCAGUCUCUGGAUAAGGAUAAGGUAGCUGCACCGCAGGAUUUUGAUUGUGUAAAUCUCCAUUGAUGUUUGUCCUGGCCUGAAGGGAUUGUUUGAUAGAUGGCUUCAAGAGGACAAAUUCCACAUUCUUUUGAGCGACGUCCUGUCCAGGCUCCAGGGAUGAUGCGGCAUGGUCCAUUUCCUGGACUGGGUUCUGCAGCAGGCCAACGAUCAUUGGAGCCACUGCCUCCUCCUGAUCUGUUGGAGAAUAAAAUUGCUGUUCAGGCAGCAGAAAUAGAACAGCUUACAGGAGAAAACCGCAGGUUGGCAGCCAGUCAAUUGACAUUGAGGCGGGAGCUUGUUGGUGCUCAGCAGGAAGUACAAAGAGUCAGAGCACACAUAGCAAGCAUCCAGACUGAAAGUGAUUUACAGAUCAGGAUUUUGGUGGAUAAGAUCGCAAAGAAGGAAGCAGAUAUCAGAGCUGGUGAGGGUGUGAAGAAGGAACUGCAACAGGCCCAUAAGGAAGCACAGAGUUUGGUUGCUGCCAGACAAGAGCUGACUGUCCAGAUUCAGAAGGUCACUCAGGAAUUGCAGAAAGCUCGUACAGAUGUUAAGAAUAUACCAGAUUUGCAUGCUGAGCUUGACAGUUUGAGGCAAGAACACCAGAGAUUACGUUCUACUUUUGAGUAUGAAAAAGGGAAAAACAUUGAGCAAGUGGAGCAAAUGCAAGCAAUGGAGAAGAAUCUAUUUGGGAUGGCAAGAGAAGUGGAAAAGCUACGUGCUGAGGUCUUAAAUGCCGAGAAGAGAGCACUUGCACCAAGCCCAUACGGUGGUAGUUACAUGCAUCCCGAUCUUUCAUACCCACCCCCUCCUAUACAAGGUGGUGGUGCCGGUGCCUAUAUUGACAGCUAUGGAAGGCCUCUUGUUCAGAUGGCUGUUGGGCCUGCAGGAGGGGGAAUGAUUCCAUAUAGCAGUGGCCAUGGUGUACCUUCCAGUGUUGUAGCUGUUCCUAGUGCUGGCGGUGGAGCUCUUUGGGGAGGAGCAUAUGAUCCCUCGCUCACUCAAAGGUGAAUAUGAAGCUGGAAAUAGAGGCUGUUGAUAAGCUUUUCUGCCCCUCUUCACAAUUGUCGUUUUGAAAUAUGAAGAGGAAGAGCUGUUAAUGUAUUGCUAUUUUAAAAACUGUAGAUUAGAUUAAUCUCCAUAUAAGCAGUUACUUUUCCAUAUAAGAUUAUAAAAUAUUAUUACUGAA